CGAUGGUCGACUUUCCUACGGUCCGAGAGUUUCGAAGGCUAAUGGCGCGAAGAUGUAUCUUCCCAACAGAUACAAGAAUCCGCCACAGGACAGAGUCAGUAACCGUGGUCGUUUGUGUGGUGCGCGCGCUGCACCGAAGACCUGGCUGCCAAAAGCACAGCAGCCAGCCGUAAACCGUCAAUGUACGGUGCAUGGAAAGGAGCGAAACGCUCCACGAGAAGCACCAUCCGGUUCAUCCUGUGCUGAAAAACGAGCAACAUGAACUUCAGGACGGCAGUAAAGCGCUGCAUGAAAAUCUCGUACCGGUUCCUAACGUCAUGAGUUGCCACAGCCGUGUCCGACCAUUUCGGCAUAGUGACAUUUCGGCAUGUGGACAUUUCGGUAUCAGUGUACCUAGAUUUUAUGCCGAAAUGUCCAUAUGUCGGAGCCUUUAUCAUGCCUGCGUCCAGUCACAUUUGGACUAUUGUUCGACUCUGUGGGCGCCGGCGUCUGUGGCACUGAAAGAAGGACUGGCUAAACUACAGCGCAAAGCACUGCGAGCCAUGACUGGAUACAAAGGCCCUUUCAAGCGGACCUUGAACCAGGAACUGGGAAUCACUUCCAUCCUCCAUCGAUGGAAGCAGAGCGAAGCGGUGUGGCUUUUUAAAAUCUGGAACAAAAGCAAAUUUCCUGUGCCGGAUUAUCUGUCUCGACUCGUGAACUUCCGGGAUAUGAAACAACACUACAACCUGCGGAUUGGUAACCGUGUGGACACGAAAGUGAAAAAGAAGAUCGGCGAGUCCUCUUUCGCUGUACGACUGAAGCAGCUGCUUGAACACGUGCAGAAGGUUAAUGCGGAAAUUUUGAACUCGGAAACUGUUGGGUUUUUUAAGUUUGCUUUAAAGGUGUUGGACUUCGAAGUGCUAGUUGGAUAGCCUGUUUUGAUCUUUCUUGUUUCUGUUUAUUUUUGGUUUUCGACCAGGCAAAGCAAUGUCAUUUUAACACCUGUAAUGUCAUUG